AGAGAAGGCACCAAUCAAUUGGACUGCUACAGUGUGCUGCGCACAGGAGAGAGAGGUGACGCUCCCCAACCCACAGACACAGAGUACAAGGAGCGACGGACAGAGUACAGUUUAAUCUUCUACACCCGCUCUCUGCUAAACUUGAUCCUAAAGUUAGCAUUUGAAGAUGUUUAAUGGCGCAUCUUUAUACUUACUUAGAUGGGUCCUGCCUACACAAGUCCGCUUAGAUAGAACGUAGGCAACAACAAAAAAAUCUAUUGACCAAGAAGUCUCCAGAUUCCCAGCAGCGGAGAUAUGUGCGAGAGGAGGCGAUCAGAGCAGUGCACGAGUUGUCUUUCGUCCGCAGAGGGAAAGCGUGGAAUAAACACGAAUUAAUGUGGAAUUUAUUGGAGCCCAAAGCUGGAAGGACGACUGGACACAGCGCUUCCUUAUCAGGUAAAAACAAGUCAGGUACUCAUUAUUGAAGUCAAUGACAACUUUAAUAUUUAGGGCAAAGUUGCACAACGCUCAUGGACUAGGCUACAUAUAUCCACUGAGUAUUCUGGAUUUAAUAUCCGUCUCGAGAUUUCCCAAUUCUAUUCAAGAAAACACACUUAAUUAACAAUAACUGGUGUCACAUAUGAUGCACUUUUUUUCCAUUUUGUAGGCCUGUAUUUUGGGGUGAAAGUUAACACAAAUUCCAAAACAUACACACUCAAAUUAAUAUCUACUGGUAGUAUUCUAAGGACAUGUACUUUUUGAUUUAGAUCUAGGUGUUUUUGAUGUUUUUGUCUGCGCAGUGGAGUAUGCCUGGCCAGUAUACGCACGUCAGAUCUCACACCUGCGAACCCGUUGAAGUAACUCUAUAUAGCAGUCAAAGCCUCACCAAAUAGACUAUUGUAGCGCUGCAACGACUGUCUCUAUUAACCUUUUUGAUGAUUGCAUUCUUUCAUACUUUGUGUAUUCUUAGGGCUUUGUUGUAUUUCUUUUAUAAACAUCCACCAAACACAUCCUCUUAUUGCUUCUGUAAAGGCAGACUUUUUGUCUGCCGUCUUCUCUCUCUCUUCUUCUAGUUUCUUUGAUUUUCUCCUUUCCUGUACCAUCCCCCUUUUUGUUAGACAAUUCUCUUUAAUAACUUCAUCACCUUGAUAUUCUGGUGUUUUAGUUUUGCCUCUAUAAUGUUAAAAGAUCAAUCUCCCAUUUCACUUAGCAUAGUCUGCAGGGAUGUUAUUCACAACCUUUCUGUUCUUUACUUUAUAGUGACGUGUCAUUACUUUUAACCUCAUUUGCCUUUAAUAAUCGUUCCUAUUGUAUGGAAGAAGAAACAGUUUAUCGCAUCUGAGCUGGGGGUCAUUUUACAGUAAUCCGCUGAUGUCUCGACUGUCGAUAGCUGCCUGUGUGCUCUGUUUCGGCGACGGCGCCUGUGUAUUGACAGAAGCUGCUCUCCUCUCCUCACAGGGACUGACUGACCAUGGUCGCCGUGUUUCGUUCUCUCAUGGUACUGCUGCUGGCUCAGGUGUUGCUAGGAGGCGCGGCGGGACUUAUCCCCGAGGUCGGCCGGAGGAAGUACAGCGAGUCCGGGAAGCAGAGCCCGGAGCAGUCUGAGAACUUUCUUAACGAGUUCGAGUUGCGGCUCCUCAAUAUGUUCGGACUUAAACGGAGGCCAAACCCGAGCAGGCAGGCUGUGGUGCCCCAGUACAUGGUGGACCUGUACCAUAUGCACUCGGUGAACGGAGACCACAGCACUAAACGGCCCCGGAGCAUGGGGAGACACGCAGAGAGAGCCGCCAGCAAGGCCAACACGAUUAGAAGCUUUCACCAUGAAGGUACGUAUUAGUGGCAUAUUUCACCUGGCGAGGUAGAGCACCUCUGCUCCCUCAGACAUGUCAAACCUGUAUUUAAACAUGACUCAGGGUGUGAGGAGGAUUUUCAGAGCAAUUACACUUUUUAUGACAGGCCCACUCAUAUCCUAACAGUGUGACACGCGUCAGGGACAAAUCCCUGUUAUAAGUAGAUCAUUUUAUAAUAGCAAGUGUAAUUUAACAAUUUAACGAGUUAAACUCAUUGUCAGGGUUCGACAGAGAAGUGGUUGAUGUGUAACGUUGAAAUGCAAAGUAAUCCCUCAAAUAUGAGUUGAUGCAACCCGUUACCCGGAACAUUCCAUUGACUGUGAUAUAACAGGCAUCAAAACAUCAAGGUUGGUGGUAUCCCAAGGGUCAUUUGUUUCUUAAUAAUUUAUGGUGUUUUCAUGGGCCCUGAAAACAGUUUUUCCAGACACGUAACGCAGCGGAGGCAUAAAGGGAGUGUGCGUGCGCAGGUGAUAGUCAUCGCCCUGCUGCUACUUCAAUAACACAUGACAUUACACUACACUGUCUACACACGCAUUAUGAUAGAGGCCACUGCGGCAGAUUGAGCUCCGUCUCAUUUUUAGACAGGACUGAAAAGUCAGUCAGUUAGUCAUUCUGGUUUUGGGGGUGCACUUUAUCCUUUUCCAAUCGCUCUUUAUGCGUAAAUAUGCACGUUCCAAUAAUAGAACCCCAUAAUUACAUACUUAUUAUAUAGCUACAUAUGCGUCGCUGACUGCGAGAUUUCACAUCAAAACCAUGCAUUUAUAUACCUCAGAAACGCAUGCCAACCAGAUGAUUAUUUCAGUAAGGGCCAAUUGGUCUAAAUGCAAAAAUAUAAUAUGAGAUACUUGAUCCAAGAGUUGAACUGGAGGCACAAAGGGACAUUUGCUUUAGGUGUCAUGAUGUUCAAGGAACUUUGGCAAUAUUUUUUGAUUUGGUGUUGUGUAUGUCUGAAUGUACCUGUACUAUAGUGUAAAGUAACAGUGGGUAGAGAGGUAUGCAUGUGCUGACAGUAUGUCUAACCCUCUAGUCUGGGCAUUUCAUUUACAGUGCUGCAACAAAACAGACCAAAACAGUAAAUAUAGAAACAUGUAAACCUUAGUCUCUCAUUGCUUGAAAACCAUCGCCCCUCAUGCAUCUGUACUGUCUAUCUGAUAGUACCUGUCUUGAGAAUGAAUACGGCCUAUAAUUUAGUUUGCGCUACCUCCAGUAUUGUACAGGACAUGCCCAAUGCAUCCGUGGAUGGCCUUUUACACAGACUCCUGAGUGUUUGACUGCAUGGGAAGUUUCCACACAGUGAAUGACUCGUUGGGGUGGUUGAGUCAUGAUGGGUGGUUGAUUGGGUGUUCUCCUCUCCUGAGGCCUGGUAGGGAUGACACCCAGUGGACACACUGACAAACUACAAACGCCACUGACACACUACAAACACCACUGACACACUACAAACACCACAGACACCCUACAAACACCACUGACACACUACAAACACCACGGACACCCUACAAACACCACUGACACACUACAAACACUACAGACGCCGUACAAACACCAUUGACACACUACAAACACCACAGACACACUAAAACACCACACUGGCUGGCAUGGUGACUAGGACUGAGACUACUCACUCCACAACUGUAAACUGCCGCUUGACUCCGCACCUUCAGUUUCGCAGUUUGGAAUACAUUUCAGCCAUGUUUAGUUGUUUAUCCCCCUUGCCUCCUCUUGUCUUUUCAUCAUGUGUGCCAGCGUAGCAUGGUUCUGGAUAUUUAAAUUGUUCCUAUGGUAGAAGUGGGAAGAGUGGGGGUCAUAUACGUGUAAUAGACAUGUAGCUACACACGUAAAACAUCAUGUCAAAUCCUGAAGCCCUAUCGAUGCAUCACAUCUGUUCCUUGAUAUUAAUUUCAGAGGGAUAAUUCAUUUUUGUGAUAUUGGUUUUCAAAAAUAACUAUUUUCUUUGCCAAAAAUAACAUUUCCAGGCCAAGCACAGGCACCGGCUGCCAGAGACAGGCAGAGAUGAAUGACCUAACAUUAGCCGUUAUCUUUUGUUUUGGCACACAGCAAGAAAAUAAAUUAGGAAUGUUGAUACACUCAUAUCUGUGGUUCACAACUCUUGGACAAGCCAUGACAUGUUGUUCACACACAGCCCAGCACCUCCUUCACUCACAGAGCAGAGAUCUGGAGAGAGAAAGAUAGAGAGAGAGAGAGGGAGGAGGAGGGGGGGGGGGGGGACAGAAGAGAGAGAGAGAUUUGGGGCUAAAGAGAGAGAGGGGAGCAAGGCAUUUUGGAGUGAGUGGACCAAAAGAGAGAAGGAGAGAGGGAUUUGAAUGAGAGAAGUAGACAGAAGGGGUUUUCCCACAUCAAUAAGGAGUGAUAGGCCUAAUUGAGGUCUUUGUGCUUCUGCAGGGAGAUUUAGGAUGAGAGGGUGGAAUUUCCUAAAUGCCUCCUUUGAAAAAGCCCUGAGUUCAAAGUUGGUGUUUAUUUUACCACUCCAAACAGAUAACAAGCUUGUCUUUGUACCAUCUGUAAAACACAUAAAGGUAAAUGUACAAAGUUUGACUACGAUCAAGAAAAUAAAAGUGUUGACAUUGACAUGUAUGUGACAUUGUUUUACACACUAAUGUAAUAAUGCAUUCUCAAUCAAGCCAAAUAUGCACAGAGGAAAAACAUGUUUAGCUAUAGACUGCUACAAAAAAGGUGUGAAAAACAUUAAGGGUGAGCAGUUCUCUCAUUUGUGUCUGGAAGUAGCUAGCAAGCUAGCCAACGUUAGCCAGUUAGCUUGGGUGCUUGACUGCCAUUGUGAGGUCAGAACGAUCGGAUCAACCCGACUCCUCGGGCCAGAGCGUCCAGUGGGCGCUCUGAACGCUCCGAGAGUGAAACGCUCUCAAUUUACGAACGGACAAUCUGACAACACUCUGAAUUUACAAACGCCCAGAGCGCACUCUGAGCGUACUCUGGCACUUCAGAUUGAAUUUACGAACACACUCUAAGAUAAAUGAGAUAUACUUCCCAAUGGCCUUUCAUUAUGUCAUAAUAAUCUAGCUUUGAUGAUUCCAUGAUGGACGACAAUGGCUUUUUCCACACAUCCAAUAAUAACAGGACUCCAUCGUGGCAACCAAAUCCUAAAGGGCAGAACAUUCUCUAUGGCAUUUAGUGGCCUUGCAUGCAUAAUGGUUAGAGGCUAUCACUGCUUCCUGCUAGAUCUUAUCAAUACAUGGGAACGCCACUGCUUUGAUGUCAUGACAUUUACUCUGGUGAAAUAUGUGAACCUGGCAAUAUAGCAGCUGGAGGGUCAUAACUGUAAGCAGUUCCCUUUACGUUGACUCAUGCUCUUGGAGUUAGUGAGUGUGUGUAUGAUGACAUGGACGACGACAACGAUCUAUACCCACACACAGCUAGUCGUGGAAGACUGGGAGGGAAGGAUGUUUUUUUUCUUGUGUGUGUGUUCUAGUGAGCUAUGGAAAGAAAACCCGUUUGUUAGGACUGUACAUCUUGGUCAAUCAUGGAGUUACUCGACAACCUUUACCAACACAACCUUUAUAGUAAAAAAAAAACAGUCCUGAGGUUAGCCAUGAAUUUCUAUGUCAACAUCAUCCACUGACCCUUACUCUCUUCUUCUCCUUCUCUCUUAUAGAGUCCAUGGAGGCUCUGGCAAGUCUGAAGGGCAGGACCACCCAGCAGUUCUUCUUCAAUCUCACCUCUAUCCCUGGAGAAGAGCUCAUCACCUCUGCAGAGCUCCGGGUCUACAGGGACCAGGUCCUGGGGGCCACAGCAGCUCCCACCAGUAACACCAGUUACAACAGAAGUAACAGCUCAAGUACCAAUACCAGUACCAGUGCUGGUGGCAUCCAUCGUGUCAACGUGUACGAGGUGUUUGGAGCCCCUGCAUCUCCCCGUGGGGAACCCCUGACGCGCCUCCUGGACACUCGGCUGGUGCAGGACUCUCUGAGCCGCUGGGAAAGCUUCGACGUCAGCCCCGCCGUGUCCCAGUGGGCCUCUGGGGGGCGCCACAACCACGGCUUCAUGGUGGAGGUGUUCCACCCAGACACCCAGGGGGGCGAGGAGGCCCAGAGACAGAGCAGGCACGUCAGGGUGAGCCGCUCCCUCCACGAGGACCAGGACUCAUGGCCCCAGGCUCGACCCCUGCUGGUGACCUACAGUCAUGACGGGCGGGGGAACGCGGUGCUGCACAGGGACAAGAGACAGGCAGCAGGCCACAGGAAACAGAGGAGGAAGCAUCAACACAAGGCCAACUGCCGCAGACACGAACUCGACGUGGACUUCAGCGAAGUGGGCUGGAACGAGUGGAUUGUGGCGCCCCCUGGCUACCACGCCUUCUACUGCCACGGGGUAUGCCCCUUCCCAUUGGCCGACCACCUCAACUCUACCAACCACGCCAUCGUUCAGACUUUGGUCAACUCUGUGAACUCCAACAUCCCCCGGGCGUGCUGCGUGCCCACAGAGCUCAGCCCCAUAUCUUUGCUCUAUCUGGAUGAGUAUGAGAAGGUAAUCCUCAAAAACUACCAGGAUAUGGUGGUGGAGGGAUGUGGCUGCCGUUGAGACACACAGAGAGAGAGAGAGCGAGAGA